AUGAGCGCAUCAACCCGUUGGAAGUCGAACACGCUGGACCCAAACCCGUGGGAUGGCCGAAACCCGUCCAAGGAGCGCAUUAACCCCAUAUGCCCGAACCCGUUGGAUGAACCCAUCAUCCCGUUGGAUGAACCCAUCAACCCGUUGGACCCAACCCGUUGGACGUCAAACCCGUUGGACGUCAAACCCGUCCCAGGAGCGCAUUAA